UCCUACCUGUCAAACGGGCAAUUUUGUUUGUGGUGUCCUGUGGAGUUUUAUGUAAACGAGUGCCUGCCUUUCCAUCCACAUUCGGUAGCUUCGGUUUAAUUAGGUUUAACGAAGUGUUGGCGAUUUCAUCAAAAAGGGCUUCCUUACAAAAAUGGAUUACUCCGCGCUUGUGGCCUCAAUAUUGCUUCUCGUAGCGCUGAUCGGUACCUCUAAUGCCCACGAAUGCUACGUUUGCUCGAACCAAACCGGGAACACCGACAAGUGCCUGAACACGGUGCGCAUCUGCGAGCAGGGCGAGGAUGCCUGUCUGACCGAGAUCAGGUGGGGCAGCACGCCCUACUUCUCGCUGGGCGCCCAGAAGCAGUUCUACGUUUCGAAGCGGUGCGCGAAAAAGGAAAUAUGCCAGCGCAUCAGGACCAAGCACAUGCCCUACUGCACGCACAUCUGGUACGAGGACUGGACCUGCUCCGCUUGCUGCUUGGGUGAUCGCUGCAACUACUAUGUCAUCAGUGAUGCUCCCGCGGCGCUCACCUCCUCACUAAUGCUGCUGGGAUCCGUGUUGGUCGUGUUUGUUGUUCGCACCGUAUUGCAUUGUUGAUCGUAGUAGCAACGUACAAUCCACACCAGCGAAUGAAACCGAUGAAGCCAAGAAUGUGCCUUUUGGAGGAAUGCAGAAUAAUACUAAAGAGUACACUAACUGUAACGUCACAUUCCUACUCACUCGUUGCCGUCCAGCGUAUAGGUAGAUUUAGUACAUGCCCUACCGUGUAUCGCCCGCAGAAAUACAUGUAAAUGAAUCUCUUUUUUUU